GCGGGGACCAUGGAGCCGGUGCCGCUGCAGGACUUCGUGCGCUCCGUGGACCCCGCCUCCCUCCCGCGCGUGCUGCGGGUCUACUCCGGAGUCUAUUUGGAGGGCUCCAUCUAUGAGAUCGAUGGGAAUGAGUGCUGCCUCUCCACAGGGGACCUGAUCAAGGUCAUCCAGGUUUGCCUCCAGAAGGUGAUCUGUGAGGAUCCAGGGACAGGUCAGACCUUGGAGCUCCCUCCCAACUUUCAAGGUCACUUCAGUCCUCUCACCAGCCCCCACAGCUUCAGAACCCUAGAGGAGCUUGUCUGUGAUACAACUCAGAGCUCCAUACAGUUGCCCAUUUACUUCACGUCAAUCCACAGCAUUGUCACAAAGAAGAGGGUGGUGACUGAGAACCAGCCCCUCAUGCUUGAGGCUGUGGAAAUGCAUCAUGGGACCCACUGUGCACGCUGUGUCUUGGUGUCAGGAGCCCAGCAGGUUGUCCUGCACCUGCCCCUGUCCCAGAAGGGGCCCUUCUGGAGAUGGAAGCCUGGCACCCCCCAAACCCUGCUCCAGGUUCUGCAGGACCCAGCUUAUAGGGAUGGCAUGUUUACCUGUCCAAGCCUUCCCUGGAACUCCCUGAUCCUAAGGCCCCAGUAUGAGGUCCAAGCCAUCAUGCACAUGCGCAAGACCAUCGUCAAGAUCCCCUCCACGCUGGAGGUCGAUGUUGAGGACGUCACCUCCUCUUCCCAGAAUGUCCACUUCAUCAAACCACUGCUGCUGAGUGAGGCCCUGGCCCAGGGGGGCCCCUUCCCCCUCUCCACAGAGAUCCUGGAAGUUCCAGAGGCACCCCCCAUCUUCCUCAGCCCGUGGGUGGGCUCUUUGCGCAAAGGCCAGAAGCUCUGCAUCUAUGGCCUGGCCUCACCACCAUGGCGGGUCCUGGCCUCAAGCAAGGGCCGGAAGGUGCCCAGACACUUUAUGCUCUCUGCGGCCUACCAGGGCAAGCUGCGGCUCCGGCCAAGGGAGUUCCCCACAGCCUAUGACCUCCUGGGUGCUCUCCGGCCAGGCCAGCCCCUCCGGGUGGUGGUCACAAAAGACUGUGAGGGGGAAAAGGAAGAAUAUCCUGAGUUCUCUUCUCUGGCUGUGGGUGACCGGCUGGAGGUGCUAGGGUCUGGCCAAGUCUAUGGGGCCCAAGGCCAGGACAUAGAUGUCUUGGUUUGUCAGCGGCUGAAUGACCAGUCUGGGGAGGAAAAUGAAGAGUAUGAAGAGGUGGAAGACCAAGAACGGCUUCUGCUGCCCCUCUACAUGCCUGGUGGCUUUGUGGAGGAGAGGAACGACAACCGGCGCUACAGCCUGGCAGAUCUGACUGCCCAGUUCUCCCUGCCCUGUGAGGUCAAGGUGGUGGCCAAGGACUCCAGCAACCCUGCUGAUCCCCUGGUCUCCUUCCCUGGCUUGCGGCUAGAGGAGAAGAUCACAGAGCCGUUCUUGGUGGUGGGCCUGGACUCCAAGCCAGGGACAUACUUCGAGAUCCCUCCCCGCUGGCUGGACCUGACUGUGGUGGAGACCGAAAGGCAGCUAGAGUGGCCGGCUGGGCCGCUGCCGGUGGCUACGGUGGAGGAGCUGUCAGAGGCCUUCUACUACAACCUUCGGAAGCUACCAGCCUGUGUGAACCAGGAACCCCCGCCCAGGCCCCCGAAAAGCCAGAACCUCAACGAGCAGAAAACAAGCAGCAAGGAGGAAAGCACCGAGUCUUCUAAAGUCUCAAAACCAGAGCAUCCCAAGACCUCUCUGCUGCCCAAACUAAAGGCGAAGACCUUGCCAGAGUUUUUCAAGGACAAAUCAGAAAUGUACAGCAAGGUUACCACCCGAAAGGGCAUCAGGCCCACUGAGUCCCAAACAGAGAAUCCAGAUACCGAAGAACAUGAUUAUGAAGAAAUAGCUGAGCACUUUCGGAAAACCCUCUAGGUGCUGGAGAAGCUGAGCCUCCUAACUGCUGCAUCUUGGGGAAUAAGGACACCAGCCAACCCUUGAAAGCCUCCAACAUCUGGCACAAGGUCUCAGAGAAAUCACUCAGGCAGAGAAUGGAACUCAACAGCAGACACAGCACCAGCUCCUUGCUCGUGGAUCCCUCAGCCUGAGCUUUGGU